AAAAAGGAAGACCCAGAGUAUACAGGUCAAGCCUUGAGAUGAUGGCAGCCCAAAUCAACACCUUCACUGGAGCCUUGUGAGAGAAAAGAUGACUUCUUUUUGGAACCAAACUGUUGAUCUGGGGGACACCCACUUGAAAAAGGCUCAAGGAGCUUAGGGACAAGGCAGCGCCGGCCGGGCCCGGAGGUUCCAGCGACUCCCGCGGACGCUCAACCGGCACGCCGCCAGCGAGGUUUCCGGGAACCGGGGCGCGGCGCUCGGCGGGCCGAGACGGUGAUUAGGGAAUCAUGGCAACUGAUGAAGAUAACAAAAAACAAGUUCUUGAGGAGUAUGGGCCAGCUGAAGAAUUUAUGAAAGAUGAACAAAACCAGAAAUUAAUGAGUGAAAUUGAAAAGGAAAAUAUUCAGUUAAAGGAGGAGAUCCAAAAGCUUGAAGCUGAGUUGCAAGCGACAACCAGGAACUCCCAGAUUAACGAGGAGGAUAUUCCCGAAACAAAGAUAAAGUUCACAGCUGUAGAGAAUCCUGAGAGUGACAGCCAGUUUUCAAAUAUCUCCUAUUCGUGUCAAGUGAGCUCAAAAGUCCCUUAUGAGCUACAAAAAGGACAAGCACUUAUCACCUUUGAAAAAGAAGAAGUUGCCCAAAAUGUGAUCAGAAUGGGGCACCAUCAUGUGCAGAUACAGGAUGUAAAUGUGAAGGUUAUGGCCAGCCCGGUUCCAUUAAACUCAGGAGUCAGAUUCCAGGUUCACGUAGACGUGUCUAAAAUGAAGAUCCAAGUUACUGACAUUCCUGAUGAACUGCCUGAAAGUCAGAUGAGAGACAAGCUAGAACUGAGUUUUUGUAAGUCCCGCAACGGAGGUGGAGAAGUGGACUUCGUGGAGUACGACAAGCAGUCCCGGAGCGCCGUCGUCACGUUUGUGGAAAGUGGAGUUGCUGACAAGAUUUUGAAAGUAAAAGACUAUCCUCUUUAUAUAAAUCAAAACUGCCAGAGAGUUACUGUUUCUCCGUACACAGAAACAUACCUGAAAAAGUUUCAGGUAUUUUCAGGAGUAUCUAAGAAGACAGUGCUUCUGACUGGACUGGAAAACCUACAGAUAAUAGAUGAAGAAACUGUAGAGGAUUUUAUUAACAUUCACUUUCAACGGGAGAAGAAAGGAGGUGGAGAAGUCGAGGUAGUCAAGUGUUCCCUUGGGCAACCUUACAUAGCAUACUUCGAAGAAUAGACUCAUGGAAUCCUAUGAAAAUUAGAGCUUUUGAACCCAAAUCACUGUUAAUGCUUGACAAAAAUGAAUAUCCUUUUCCUUAAAAAAAUGAAAAAUUUAAUUCUUUAGUGUUUGUUUAUUCUUAGAUACAAAAUAUAUUUCUGUUUUUGAAUUCUUUGUUUCCACCUUUGUCGCAUGUUUACAAAUGCAAUAACUAUAUUAAAACAGUUUUGUU